CCAGGAUAACAAGCCGAGUGAUUUUCUCCACGAAAGAAGUGAUGUUUCGGAAGCAAGUGAUACAGCUGUGAAGUGAUUGGAGAGGCACCGCGGAGAUUUAACUGUAAUUUCACCCCCUAUUUUCUGAAACCCAUGCCGCUCUGCAGCUGUACGGACUUGGACCGUGUGGCUGAAUCGAUCUCGUUGUCAUUCAGGGCCAUAUGCUGAGAAAAAAACAGAAGGGAGGAGAAAAAGGAAACGGGAGGACGAGGCGGCGAUAGCUAAUAGUAACUCAACGCUCUGCUGCCAGGAGGGAUAUUCACAUUCAACGUGACAUCGGUAACACAUCGGGCACGGUGCAAGGGAUAAUCUGGACGAGGAUAACCUCCUCAAUCUCCUCACGGCCAACAAGAAGAAGCAGAGGAAGACGGGUUAUUUGGCUGUGGCGCGAAGAUAAAAGCGGGACUACGGAGACCUUGGUCACGGCUGUCAUCCCAGAAACAGAAACCGAACGAGCGGCCAGCCGCCGUCCAGUGUUUUGAGGAUGAACCAUUUAUCCAUCAGUGAGCUAUGCUGCCUGUUCUGCUGUCCGCCGUGCCCCAGCAAAAUCGCCUCCAAGCUGGCCUUCCUGCCCCCCGAGCCGACCUACAGCCUCAUGAGUGACGACAGCGGCAGCCGGUGGACGCUGCACCUCUCGGAGCGUGCCGACUGGCAGUACUCGGCCCGCGAGAAGGACGCCAUCGAGUGCUUCAUGACGCGCACCUCCAGAGGAAACCGCAUCGCCUGCAUGUUCGUGCGCUGCUCGCCGAGCGCACGCUACACUCUGUUGUUUUCUCACGGAAACGCGGUGGACUUGGGUCAGAUGAGCAGCUUUUACAUCGGCCUGGGAUCACGGAUCAACUGCAACGUCUUCUCCUACGAUUACUCAGGGUACGGGGCCAGUUCUGGGAAGCCCUCAGAGAAGAACCUGUAUGCUGACGUAGACGCUGCCUGGCAGGCCCUGCGAUCAAGGUAUGGCAUCCGUCCAGAGAAUGUGAUCGUGUAUGGUCAGAGCAUUGGCACCGUGCCCUCGGUGGACCUGGCCUCUCGCUAUGAGAGCGCUGCAGUCAUCCUCCACUCCCCUCUCACCUCCGGCAUGAGAGUGGCUUUCCCCGACACCAAGAAGACCUACUGCUUCGAUGCCUUCCCAAACAUCGACAAAAUCUCCAAGGUGACGUCGCCGGUGCUCGUGAUCCACGGUACGGAGGACGAGGUCAUCGACUUCUCCCACGGCUUGGCCUUGUACGAGCGCUGCCAGCGCCCCGUGGAGCCGCUCUGGGUGGAGGGGGCCGGGCACAACGACGUGGAGCUGUACGGACAGUACCUGGAGAGACUCAAGCAGUUUGUUGCACACGAGCUGGUCAACUUGUAGAGGAGCUUGAAAUCAGGGUGGAGCUGGCAGACAGGACAACGCAUCAGUGAGAAAGAGGUUACCACGUUAUUUGCUUCUUUUUCUCCCCCCCCCCCCCCCCCCCCCCCCCCCCCUUCAGUUUUUGGUGGAGUACUGCAGGUAGAAGCGGUGUGUGUCUGUGUCGUGCCGACUUCUCACCGCCUCUCCUCGUCUGAGCCGCCGUGUGCCGAGGCUCGGCCCGUCAGCACCGUCACCUGCUGCAGCUGUGAACUGAGAAUUAUCCAUCGUUUUGUUUGGCUUACUUUGUUUUUAUCAUGUUGAGAAUUGCACAUUGUGAAAGAGAGGACGAAGACGUGCGAUGAGAAAGUUGCGUUUGUGUGCGUGCGUGCGCAUGUCAGUAUCAUUUUUGCUGCCUUUCGAUAUCGAUAUGGUCCGUGGUUCUGAACGGAACCCUCCAUUCAGCCUCUCCAGGUUCCGAGAAGCAGACCGUUGUGGACCAGAGUGGCUGGAACUCAGCUGAACUCCGUCUCCUGGACCUACAAGCUGCAGUCACCAAGAAUCAUUUCUUUUUUGGAGUACUGUUGAUUCUAUUUUUUUAUAUUUUUUCAUGAUAUUUGCACGUAAACAGCUCACUGAGGAACUGUACAAGACAAACUGACAUAUUAUCUAGCUGUGCCAGUGUUGCCAAAACGUUUAGCAGGAUGUGACGCAGAGACUCGGACACACAAAAAAGUGUACUUUCAACAAAUCCAGAAACCUCCCCAAAGCUCUGCUAGCUGUGUUCAGGCCCCACUUCUCUGCUUUUUAUUUUGAAAGUGGUGCAGUUUGGUAUUGUGUAACAUGAUGCAAGACCACACUCGGUUAAAAGGGUGAGGCUGUGUGUGUCGCCGAGCUAAGAAUUGUGGGUGGUUUCCACAUUUCGGAGUUGGGCUUGGAGUGUCGUCACUGUGGUAUCACCACGCUGUAGUCGAUUAGCUUGAUGUUUCCAGAGAAAUUAAAAUACUGGCACUUUUGUAGACGACAUAUCUGACACAUUGUAUUUAACUAGAUAUAGCAACUAUUAUGAAGCCCAGUUUUGAACAUGUUUUUUUUUUUUUUAAUCUUUUGGAUCAGAAUAUAUCAUGUUGAAUAUCAUAUGUACUCUCUUAUGCAUCUUGAUUAGAUCUUUGUCGAGUUUUUCUUUCUCAGAAAAGUAUAACUACUGUGACAGCAGCUAGCAGUCGAUGAUCUGAUCAACACUUUAACCACUAAUGCCAAUCAGAAUGAAGGUUAUGAGCACAGCAGGCGUGCAUUCAUUCUCAGCGCAGAAAGACUUUUUAAAAACUAAUUUAAUUAGAGCAUUUACUGGAGUUUUACAGCGCUGCAAAACAAGAGUACUCAGUUCCUGGCUCACAACUCGUACUGAGACGGUUCGAAACAAGUGGCUCAGCUUUAUGAGCCUCAGUCGUGCAUAUAUAUCUUUUAACCUUUACGUUUUUCCCUGCAUGAUAUUUUCGAGCCCAUUGUUGUCUGUUGAUUUGCCCUUUAGUGCUGAGCGUGAGGCCCGACGACGCUUUAGCACGUUGAUGGCUCCAUGAGGCUCAAAUGUCAGAGUGCUACUGCAUGCCACGAUGGCUGGUUUUCUUUACGUCUUUGGCCUGUUUG